AUGAUUGCCCCUUUGCAUGUCGCGAACGCCCCCCGGCCCGUGAGCUGCCUCCGGAGCAGAUGGAGGUCGGGACCACCAGGUGAACGAGUUUGCUCCGGGUCCACAGCUUUGCAGUCGGUACCUACCCGUUCUGUGAUCAUUGCUGGAUCCCUGGCCUUCGGUGCGACUGCGGGCAUUGCUUGGCGGAAGAAGUUCAAGUCCAAGAAAAGGCUGAGGCUUCCGAAGCUCCCGGUGCAGCCAUCUCUGCAGCAGGUCAUCGGUGUGCUGCGGCGGGUGGACCCAGCUCUUGGCAACUUAGCCGAGACUGUGUCGCAGGUUUGGGAUCUGCUGCAGACGGAGCUCGAAGAGCGGCGCGCGCUGGACAGCUCUCAGGCCGAGAAGAUCGGCCAAAGUGGAACGCUUCUCCUGCACCUCUUCGCCCUUGGCCGUUUGAAGUGCCUCCAGGGUGCCGGCUUCGAGCUCCCUGCCGAAGAGGUGCCACUCGUCUCUGACAGGCAGCGGCUCGCUGAGGGUCUGCGCUUCACGCGCCUGGCCGUGGCGUCCUACGGGGCCAACUUGCUGGCCUUGGUGGGGCUGCUCCAGCUGCGGGACGCCUGGCCCACCGACGGCGCAAAGCGUGACAAGGUCGCAGCCACGAAAUAUCUGCAGAUUGAGGAGAAACAGGUGCUUGCCUGUGGCACCUUGAGCAAGGAGGCCCAGGAGGCCAAAGCCCCAGACCGCUUCAAGCCGUGGUGGAUACUGCUUGAGGAUGACGGCGAAUUAAUUCUGUCCAUCCGAGGUUCUGCGAAUGUCGCUGACAUCGCAACCGACCUGGCUUGCAGCAACUGUGAGUUUCUGCACGGCUUUGCUCAUGAAGGAAUGGCUGGAGCAGUGCUUUCUGUGUGGGAGGAAGCACAGCCUCAGGUCUUGAAAGCAAUUGAUGCCCAUGACUACAAGCGCUUUGUGGUCUGUGGGCACUCUCUGGGUGGAGCCGUGAGCUUGCUGUUGGGGAUGAAGCUCAGAGCGGAGGCCUGCGGAGGUCAUGUCCGUAUAUCUAUCCACAUAUUUAUGUAUAUAUUUACAUAUGUGGUUGUAUAUUUAUAUGAUUUAUAUGUACACGCACACGUGUAUGUGUGUAUGUAUGUGUGUGUGUGUAUAUAUAUAUAA